AUUGAUGACAAGUUUCAAGCCUGGGAGUUACCCUACACUGAUAAGUUAUGAGCAAUGACAUUAUUCCCAGUGCUGUUGUUCCUGGUUGCUGGGCUGCUUCCAUCUUUUCCAGCAAAUGAAGAUAAGGAUCCUGCUUUUACUGCUUUGUUAACCACCCAAACACAAGUGCAAAGGGAGAUUGUGAAUAAACACAAUGAACUGAGGAGAGCAGUCUCUCCGCCUGCCAGAAACAUGCUGAAGAUGGAAUGGAACAAAGAGGCUGCAGCAAAUGCCCAAAAGUGGGCAAACCAGUGCAAUUACAGACACAGUAACCCAAAGGAUCGAAUGACAAGUCUAAAAUGUGGUGAGAAUCUCUACAUGUCAAGUGCCCCCAGUUCAUGGUCACAAGCAAUCCAAAGCUGGUUUGAUGAGUACAAUGAUUUUGACUUUGGUGUAGGGCCAAAGACUCCCAACGCAGUGGUUGGACAUUAUACACAGGUUGUUUGGUACUCUUCAUACCUUGUUGGAUGUGGAAGUGCCUACUGUCCCAAUCAAAAAGUUCUAAAAUACUACUAUGUUUGCCAAUAUUGUCCUGCUGGUAAUUGGGCUAAUAGACUAUAUGUCCCUUAUGAACAAGGAGCACCUUGUGCCAGUUGCCCAGAUAACUGUGACGAUGGACUAUGCACCAAUGGUUGCAAGUACGAAGAUCUCUAUAGUAACUGUAAAAGUUUGAAGCUCACAUUAACCUGUAAACAUCGGUUGGUCAGGGACAGUUGCAAGGCCUCCUGCAAUUGUUCAAACAGCAUUUAUUAAAUACGCAUUACACACCAAGCAGGGCUAUGUAGAGAGGAGUCAGAUUAUCUACUUAGAUUUGGCAUCUACUUAGAUUUAACAUAUACUAGCUGAGAAAUUGUAGGCAUAUUUGAUACACAUUUGAUUUCAAAUGUUUUUCUUCUGGAUCUGCUUUUUAUUUUACAAAAAUCUUUUUGAUACAAAUGGUUAAAAAGAAACAAAAUCUAUAACAACAACUUUGGAUUUUUAUAUAUAAACUUUGUGAUUUAAAUUUACUGAAUUUAAUUAGGGUGAAAAUUUUGAAAGUUGUAUUCUUAUAUGACUAAGUUCACUAAAACCGUGGAUUGAAAGUGAAAAAUUAUGUUCCUAGAACAAAAUGUACAAAAAGAACAAUGUAAUUUUCACACGAAUCCUUGGCUGUAGUUGCCUUCCCUAGCUCCACUCUAAGGCUAAGCAUCUUCAAAGACGUGUUCCCAUAUGCUGUCUUAAUUCUUUUCACUCAUUCACCCUUCUUCCCAAUCAUCUGGCUGGCAUCCUCACAAUUGAGUUGAAGCUGUUCCUCCUAAAACAAUCCUGACUUUUAUUUUGCCAAAAUCAAUACAAUCCUUUGAAAUUUUUAUCUGCAUAAAUUUUACAGUAGAAUAUGAUCAAACCUUCAUUUUUAAACCUCUCUUCUCUUUGACAAAACUUCCUUAAAAAAGAAUACAAGAUAGUAUAGGUAAAUACCCUCCACUCAAAGAGGUAGAACUCAGUCCUCUCCCUUGUGAGUCUUCACUAAAAUCAGUGACUCACUUCCAAAGAGUGGAGUAUGGAAAGGGAAACAUAGUAACUUUACAGGGGAGAAAAAUGACAAAUGCCGUCUUCACCAAGUGAUCAAAAUUAACGUCACCAGUGAUAAGUCAUGCAGAUUUGUUCUAGAUAGUCUUUCUAAAAAUUCAUAAUCUCAAUCUAAUUAUGAGCUAAAACAUCCAGCAAACUCAAGUUGAAGGACAUUCUACAAAAUAUCCCUGGGGUAUUUUAGAGUAUUCCUCAAAACUGUAAAAAUCAUGGAAAAUAAGGGAAUCCUGAGAAACAAUCACAGACCACAUGAGACUAAGGAGACAUGUGAGCCAAAUGCAAUGUGCUUCUUAGAUCAGAUCCUGGAACAGAAAAAGAUCAGUAAUGAAAAAACUGAUGAAGUCUGAAUAGAAUCUGGAGUAUUUUUAACAGUAGUGUUGAUUUCUUAAUCUUGACAAAUAUAGCAGGGUAAUGUAAGAUGAUAACAUUAGAGAAACUGAAACUGGGUGAGGGCUAUCUAGGAAUUCUCUGUACUAUCUUACCAAAUUUUCGGUAAGUCUAAGAAAGCAAUGCAAAAUAAAAAGUAUCUUGAAAAAAAA